AAUCUAUUCAUUCAAACUCGUUUCAAUUAAUCACCUCCCUCCAUGUUUUUACCAUACCACUCUCCAAUAAGAAAUCAAUCUCCAGCUAAUUCCUAUCUCUACACUUAAGGGUCUCCUACUUCAACACUUAUAAAUGAUCGAUAUUCAUCAUAACCUAGAAUGGACUCUACUAUCUACUGUAAUUAUUCAAUUUUACGCGCAAAUAGUUAAAUCCAACGAACCACAACAUAGUUCUUACUUUCCAGAAUAAUCUAAUAUUGUUAGACAAAAGAGUUAUUUUUAAAGACCUAACAAUUAUAUUGAACUCAAUUAAUCUAAACAUAGCCCUAAAAAAUAACAAGAAACUUCUUCUAAUUCUCAUAAAAUUAUUUUUAAUGAUGGAUCUAUAUACUAUGGUGAAAUUAAGGAUUAAAUGAGACAUGGAAAAGGGGCACUUUACAGUUCUGACAAUCAAUUAAUUUAUAUCGGUGAAUGGCAAAAUGAAAAAUAUCAUGGAUUAGGAAUUUUAAAUAAAGGAAAUAUAAGAUAUAAAGGUCAUUUUGAAGAAGGCUAUGUAGAAGGCGAAGCCAUAGAAGAAAGUAAAACUUUCAAAUUCUAUGGUUUCUUUAAAAAAGGCAAACGAAAUGGACCAGGAACUCUCUAUGCUAGGAAUUAAGUCACAUAAGGUUUUUGGAAGGAUAACCUACUGUAAGAUGUUUGUUGA